CAGAGAGUGUGUGUGUGAGAGAGAUAGAGGGAGAGAGAGAGAGAGAGAGAGAGAGAGAAAGAAAGAAAGAAAGAAAGAAAAUAAGAAAAUAAGAAAAUAUAAAGAAAAGAAAAGAAAAGAAAAGACGUACACGCAAAUUUAUUGAAACGUUAUUUACUCAUUUAAAAUUCAAACAUUUAUUUCUUUUCCCAGACAGAAUGGCAGCAGACUGGUUGGGCAGCCUUGUUUCAAUCAACUGUGGUCCAACUUUGGGAGUGUAUCAAGGAGAAGUGUCCUCGGUUGAUCAGGCCACUCAAACCAUCUCCCUCAAACAACCGUUUCACAAUGGCAUCAAGUGUCCUGUGCCUGAGGUCACUUUCAGUGCCAUGGAUAUCAAAGAGCUCAAAAUCUUGGAAAUCCGUAACUGCUCCAAUGGAGUCACGAAGCGGAGUGUUCCUGAAUCUGGCUCCUCUGUAACUGGUUACGCUGGACGCAAGGAUAAAGGUGGAGGUAGCGGAGUCAAUAGCACUCCUGUAAACGUGCCCAAAGCUGAGCCUAGGCUUCAUGAUGGAGGCAUGUCUCCUUCACAGCACUACUCCAAGAGCUAUGUAGAGCGCCACGUAGAUAUGGUAGGCCAGAGUAAAGGCUUCAGACGAAGACACAACUCGUGGUCGUCGAGCAGUAGAUUAGCAAAUCAGGUCACUCCGAAGAAGAACGGCUCGAAGAAUGGCCUGAUGAAGAACAAAGAUGAUGAAUGUUUUGGCGACAGCAUUGACGAUGUUCUAGAUGAGGAUUUUGACUUUGAGGGGAACUUGGCACUCUUCGACAAAGCUGCCGUCUUCUCGCAGAUCGAUUCAUCAGACCGGAGAGGUAACGGUGCACGGACACGGGGGAAUCCUGCAGAGCAGACACCCUCGCGUUACCGACAUGAUGAGAACAUUCUGGAAGCCAAGCCCGUUGUGUAUAGACAGAUCAUAGUGCCUCAGGCUGGGGCAAAGGAAUAUAGCACUGAUUCGGGGCUUGUUGUCCCCAGUAUCUCGUACGAGUUGCACAAGCGCUUGCUGAGUGUGGCUGAGAAUUACGGUCUCUCUCUGGAGCGUAGGCUGGAGAUGACUGGAGUGUGUGCCAGUCAGAUGGCUCUCACACUGCUUGGAGGCCCAAACAGACUCACACCUAAAAAUUUGCACCAGCGUCCAACGGUGGCUUUGCUGUGUGGGCCGCAUGUACAGGGAGCUCAGGGAAUCAGCUGCGGCCGCCACCUGGCUAACCACGAAGUGGAGGUCGUCCUCUUCCUCCCUAACUUUGUGAAAAUGCUAGAAGCCAUCACCAGUGAACUUGCACUGUUCGGCAAGACGGGAGGCAAACAGGUUUCCAGCGUCAAAGAUUUACCAGAUACCCCAGUGGACCUGGUCAUAAACUGUCUGGACUCUCAUGAGAACACUUUCCUGAGGGAGCAGCCGUGGUACCGUGCAGCGGCUGACUGGGCCAAUCAGAACCGAGCCCCUGUGCUUAGUAUAGAUCCUCCAGUGAGCGGGCAGGAGCAAGCUGUGGAGGCAAAGUGGUCCCUCUGCCUGGGCCUCCCGCUCCCGCUGCCAGAGAGAGCAGGUCGAGUCUACCUGUGUGAUAUUGGCGUCCCUCGCCAAGUGUUUCAGGAGGUGGGCAUCAAGUACCACUCGCCCUUCGGCUGCAAGUUUGUCAUCCCACUGCACACAUAAACAUGCUGUAACCCAGACUGUAACAGGGUGUCAGGCACAGGGUCAGUGAGCCAGAACCUGCCUUAAAUCCCAGGGUGAUCAGAUGUCAGUGUGAGCAAGCUCCUUCUGUUGUGGUUCUGAUUCCAGCAUCUUAUUUCUGUUAAAUUCUUUAAAGCUAUAUUCAAGUCCUGGAUGUUGAAUUUGGGAAAAGGGAAGAAGACUAGAGGAACACACCCAGCUUGUGGUUCUGCCUUCUGCGUGUUUACUGCAGAGCCAGCCUCUGACACUUUCUGCAUUUUUAUUUUGAAUCGAAUUUAUCUUUAAUUGAUUCUUUAUAGUCUUUACAGACUAACGAUGGGGUUUGAGCAGUGGGGCUCAGAUCUGUUUGCACAAAGACGUGAUAUUUCAUCUUAUUACAUGCUGUGUAGAGAUGACAUCAACGCAGAACCAGAACAAUCCUGCUUGGGACUUGUUUAUCCGAGUUAAACAGUCUAUUUUGCUUAGAUUCCUUUCAAUGCUCAACAGUUAUUUUGUAUUGAAAUGAAUUCGUUCAAUUUGCUUCUUCCUUGUCUGGAAAAUAAUUGUAGCAUUUAGGGAUUUAAUUUGACUUUUUUUUUCAAGCUUGUGCCAAAUGUGAUCAAAGUCAACACUGAUGUGCGGAGUCAAAGGGCCUUGGGGUAUUUAAAGAGGUAAUCAAAGCCUUGUUUGACUUUCUGUCACCCAAGCAGGUAGGAAAAUGUACUGAAAAAUAUCCUUUCAUUUUUCUCUCAGUACCAUACAGGUUAAUUUUAUUUAUUGGCCUGAAUGACAGACAAACACCAACAGUUCACAUCACUUAUUCAAACGGUUUAUUUUUCUUACAAGAAUUGUGCAGCAGUUUUGGUACUUUUUGUCUGAUGUGACAUUAUUAUAAGCUUAUUUGGAAACGGAUCUACACUUGUACUUUAUGACGUUGCACACUUUUAUACAAGUUUCAUGAUGAACAGAUAUACAAACAACAAGAAGCUCUCCAAUUCCAAGCUGUUUGUAUUUGAAAGUUUAACACUUUCAGUUUUCAUUUAAACGGAGUUGUGUCUUUAAAGAAAAUCUACCAUUUGGUUGCUUGAGAAAAGGAACUUUUGAAAUUGUUCAGUGUUAAACAUUUUAACUAUGUCAGUCUUGUUGACUGAACAAUAUUGUUUUUGUCACCCUUAUUAACUUUUGUAGAAUAUUUUUCUUGUUUUGUAAUUUAAUCUCUCCCCCCCAUUUUUUUUUAAUGGUUUUUGUUGUAGUUUUUCUUUAGGCUAGUUUUCAUCAUGUAUUGUCAUUGGAGAAAAAUACAAAUGGUUUGCAUGUACACAGAGAUAUUUCCACAGUUUAACCUGACGUUACUCGAGUAGGAAGGCAUGGUAGUACUCGACAUGCUGCAUUUUAUACAUGACAGUGAAGUUUGAUUUAAGGAGACGCAUGGGGAGUGCUUUUAUUCUUCCCUCUGCCUCUCUUUCUAUUUGCAGUUUCCUUGGCUUUAAAGUUGCUUUAUGGGAAUUCCUGGAUUGGCCACCUAUUGUGAAAUUUAGCAAAAAUGUUACAUGUUUGUGGACAGUGGUAGAGUGACAAGAAAAUGUAUAUGAAGUGCUUCUUUAAUAGAUGACAAUAAUAGUAUAUUGCAUAUCAAAGCCUAUUCCCCUUCAUAGCUGCACUCAUCAUUUGUCAAGUAGUGAAUAUUAGCUGUCUUUAAAAUGAGGAUGGUGUUUUAGAUUACACUUUUCGUUUCUACAAAAUCUAAAGCUAGAAUCCUUACCUCUCCUGUGUUGGGAAGAAAAUAUCAAGUAUACGAAGGAAGUUGCUGACCCCGUGUCUGUAGUUCUAGUAAAAGACCAGAAGGCGGUUGUGAAAAUACGUCGUACAAAGUGCCAAAUGUGUCGCUGAGUCGAAAUCUAGGCAUUUAUAAUAGAUCAGCUGCACUUGCACUAUCUUUACUGAAGUGUACAGUAUUAAUUAGCUGAGUGUCAUUUAAUGCAGAGACACUUAAAUCAUAGCUAUGAAAAUGUCUAGCUUAGCUCUCAGCUAUUAAUGAGUUCUCAGUCUUCUAGUUCUCUAAUUUGCAGCAGUGCAGCCAACAGGGUUUGGAGUUUUGCCUUGUUGUCAUUGACUUUUGCAAUAUUAAAUCUUGAAUGAACCUUGAAUCUGUGAGUGAUUAGGCAAAGUAUAAUCAACGUUUGAGGACUAACGUGUGUCUCAAGGCACUAGGCUCACACAGCUGAGCAACUUGUAUCUGCUCUUUAAUGCAAGAUAUUCUGAUAGUUUUCAGCAUUAUUCAUUUUUUUUCAUUUGUUUCUUGCUUAAGUGCUUUGUAAGAAAGAAUGGUGAAAAUUGAAGCUUCCAAAUAUUCCUAAAGAAUAGCUCUGGUCAUUUAUUUGCAUUUUUUUUUUUUUUUUUUUUUUUUUUUUUUUUUUUUUUUUUGAAAUGAAGCUAGAAUUGAUGCUGGUUAAAGGGUUCAGAGCUAAUUUAUAUUGCAAUAACUUGUUUUGUUCAUUUUCAUUUUGUUCACCUCAAAACAGUUGGAUUCAAUUUAUUCCAGCAGAGGGUUGUUUUUUUUUUGAUUGUUUUUUGAAGCAGUAACAAGUGUGUAUUAUACCCUAAGCACUGAGUUGAGCAUAUUGUGUGCAGAUAAAUGCACUUGUAUCAUUCCAGGAAUGAGAGAUUUAACUUAAUUUCUUUGUAGAGAGAUUUGUUAACUACAUUUAUUUCUGACAACAGACCAAAAAAAGGUGGUGUCCUUUUUUCUUUUUCUUUUUCUUCUUUUUUUUUCCCUUUCCCCUGCAAAAAAACUGAUGUUUUUUUCUGUGGUCAUUUGCAGUUAGCAUAAUUAUUUUGUUUUAUUUUUUGCUUCCCUGUAAUGCAGUGAGAAUGGGUGUUUAGUCCCCUAGCCAUCUAAAGCCAACAUUAGUUAUAAUGGGGCCUUGUUUUGUUUAUAGUCAUGUUCACUGUUGAGAUUUAGGGCUAUUUAAAAAAUGCAAAACAUUUCCUGAUGUUCUUUCCUUUUUUUGGGGGGGGGCUAUCCACUGUGUCUGAGAAGCUUACAACAAAAAUGACUAUUUUACUCUCCUGGUUCAUUGUUUGGAACAUAACACAAUUGCAAAGUAUGAUUUAGUUUGUGACUACUGUGGCUUGGUUUGUGAAAGAACGACCUUAUUUCAAAGUCACUGAUGUAUAACAUCAAUGUUUAGAAAGAUUUGGGUGUCAAUACAUUAUGGUUGACAAAAUGUUAAACUUGAGAUUGAAUGAAUAAAGUAUUGACUGCA